UGCGGUAAGGCCGCUACUACAGCCUCGAACUUGAGAGCUCACGAAAAAAUCCACCUUUCUCCAUCAGAAAGACCUUUUGGCUGUACGUGGGAUGGCUGCGAAUCGAGAUUCAAUAGAAAGGCCGAGCUCAAACGACAUCUUGGGACACACCAGCCUGGAGCCACUACAUUCGAAUGUGACAGAUGUGGUGAAAAGUUUACCAGAAAAGAUUCACUUGUCAGGCACACUCGU